GGCCAAGCAUACUUAUCGUAAAACUUUGCUGGAGCAGGUUCAAGAGUUGGAAGCUAAAUCCAAAGAACUGAGGAAAUCUAUGCUGCGUGAUAGCAAUGGAAAGAGCAUGAAUGAACGUGACCACUUGUUAAAAAGGCUGGGCAGAAAGACCCCUCCGUGCCUCUUCCGCGCUCAUUCUAUCCAGCAAGGAGUCCCACAUGGUUAUGCUUUUUCUCAAGAGGAGCAUGGGGUCGUUUCUCAGUCUCAAGUUGUUCGAUCCUACGACACUACAAAGCAGAGAGCUGGAGUUGAAUAACAUGGACUUCUCCCUUGAUUGGUGGCUGGAGGAAAAAGAUGUGGAUCAAUGUGUCCACUGUGAAUACACCCUUGAGUAAGGCUGGCAGCAGCAACAUAAACACCGGAAAACCCUUUACCGUGGCCUUAGCCAACAAGUUUGUUCUCUAUGCUUCUUCCAGACCUUCAGCACACUUUGUAGGGGGGCAGUCCUUGUUGGAAGCCAGCUGUUUUGCUCUGCCUAACUUUUGGUUUACAUGGUUUAUGAAACAUUUGGCUCUGCUACCCAAGGUGUGAUACUGAAAACAUUUUGUUUCUAUCGCCAUUUUUCAAAAGGUAUCUGUGGUUUUGGAGAGAAAACAAAAAUGGUUGUAUGGCCCGUUGCUGGUCUACCAUUGCUUAAUUCAAAUUUCCUGUUUUGUCAUGCCCAGACUCAGCUGCAUGUAUGAAACCUUUAUAAUUCUCACUGUUUAUUUGACUGGAAUGUUCACAGAGAGGCAAAGAGGUGCAGGAAAACAAAUACAACCCAGAAAAAGGGGGAGGAAAGGAAUAAGGCCCAAGAACAAUCAUAAUCGGCUUGUCUUGGAAUGGAUCAGCACUAUAUCAAAUACUUUACAGGAUAGUUAGCUGUUUACACAAACCACAAACAGACAUCCACAAUAAUUUACUUUGCUGUAAUACUAUCUAUCACCCAAGUCAUUUGAAUGCCAGGCCUGUCUCUCAAAACAACAGCUAAAGUAUAGCUUUCUCUUAAGUGCUGGGAUAGAUCUUGUCUAGGUAUGAAACAGUAAUGGUUCUAGAGAAAUGUUCUCUAAUGUUCUGAUGAAUAGGCAAAGAAAGUAUCUAGCUUUAAAGUCAGUCACAUCAAUCUAAGCAUUUUGUCCCCACUGUUGCUCAUGGCUUAAAAUAUUCCAGCACACAUGUGCAGAUACAAGCCAGUGCCUUAACAUCUUCUGCUUGUGAAACUGAUUAGAACUUUUGAGAGAUAGAACAAGAGUACAUUUUGGACUAACUGAGCCUUAAGAAAGAAUAUAUAUUAGAUCAAGAAAGUACGGUGACUCUGAAGUUUUUGCUGCUGUGUAACAAGAUCUCCUUUCAAAUAAACACAGUGAAGAAGUAACCUCCUUCCCUGAGAAAAUAUAUCAAGGAAAUAAAUGAAGACUUAACCUGAUAGUAACUUAAGCAUCUCUGUUUCUAUUCAUCACUUGGAGAAAUGGCACAAGAAUGUUAAAUGUUUUCUAUGGUUGUUGGAAGUCUCUUAACAAGUACAGGGGAGUUUCAGUUAGUGAUGGUUGUUUAUUUUUCUUAAAAUCAGCCUCACGGUCAU